AUGCCAGCACAGACGCAGUCAGGUCCUGAUCCGUCUCUCGCUCCUCAGCCCGGAGAGAGCCCAUUGUCGAUAUGGCAGCAGCAUCGUGAGCUCUUUCGAAAGCUGUACUUGGAGGACAAGGAGACUCUCAAGCGAGUGAAGGAGAUCGCAGAGCGAGAUUACGGAUCCCCCCAGACACCGCUUUCCACUUACGAGACCAAACUGAGAGAUGAACUCGGGCUCAAGAAGAAACUCAAGGCCCAUGAAUGGGCCAUAAUCUCCCAGUAUAUUGAGGUAAAAGGGAGUCAACCCGGUGACGUAUUGCGCUACAAUGGCGUCGUCCUCCCUUGGAGGAAAGUGAAAAAGGAAAUCGCUCGAAAUCGACAUCUUCGACGCAAUGACGGGAAUUUGGCGCUACCACCAGAGGUAACCAUCGGGCCGGAAAACCAGAACCUCGAGGAUAGACAUGAUUUGGAAGAUGCGCAUAUGUCGAAUACUCCCGACCAACCGUCGUCGCCAAAAGCCAUGUCUCAUUUUGUCUCUGGCAAUCCGGGUGCCCUUGGAUACGAACCGCCAAUAGGAAGCCCAGGUGAAAUGUCCUUCCGGGAAGCAGCAUCGUCCUCCGCUGCUUUAGCACUUUUCGCAAACCACGGUCAUAUCGAAAUCAUGACCGACCAUUGGUAUUUCCCGACCGAACCCGCAAGCUCCUCCUCGUGGACUGUGUCCAGUCCUACCCAUCUCUUCCCUGAUAUAUUCGCCUCCCCGCCACCCAAUGAUGCAGUAAAGCGAACCCUGCAAAUCAUAGCGUCUUGCGCAACUAUUCAUAAGUCUAGCACCGCAGUCAUUCAUCCGGAGUUCAAGGACUUAUGGUUCUCGUUCACCAAAAACCUCCCAGUCUAUCAACUCCAAUCUCUGUUGAGAAGCACAUGCUCGGUCAUGCCCAUGGUACCAAGAAGCUCUGUUGCUGAGCACCAAGCUCGCGACGAUGGUGUGCUUGGCGCUGUACAUACAUCCCCGGUAUACCAAACUGACGUGCCAGGCCCCCACGCGGGCGAAGGGGGCUCUUUUCUUGACACGGACUCAGCGAUACAGUCCUUGGGACGGCAAUUCGUUGCAGAUGACCUACCAGACUCUCAAUUAUCAACAUCGACGAACAUGUUCCACGCCCUUACUACUACUCUAUACUACCUCUCCAACCACUUUAUCGACCUUGUCCGGAUGGAGGAAAUCAUAGAUUGGCUCGCUCACAAGAUCCCUCGAGCAACUGUCCGGCAGUUCCUCCAAAUUUCGUCCUUGACGAUGCAAGAAUGUUGGAUCCAGCUGAUUUAUUGGGCUUUUGAACUCAACGAGAAAGGUCUUUUCGAAGAUGUAGCCAGCGCGGCGAUGACAAGUUCUGACUGGGUAAAAAUACAUGGACAACAGUGCUUAGUGCUUGCAGCAUCAUUCAACUUGCAGAAAUGUUGCCAUCGUCUAUUGGAAUAUGACUUAGACCCAUUCUUGCCAACCAAUUUCCGGAGGCAAGAUAAUGGACUGACAUUUCGUAACCUUGGGCGAGUACAAGUUGCACCCGAUCGAGAAACGCCCUUGAGAGUGCAUCAUCCAAAGGUGAUACUCGCGCCUACAUCUCCUGCCAUUGAAGCUGCUACAAAGGGUCAUAUCGAAGUCCUCGACGUGCUGCUAGGAAGCCAGACUAGUGUGGACACUCGCUGUUCUGGUAUUACACCUGCCGGCUACACAUUGCUCGCUCUCAUACGUUGGGGAGAUGGUGCAGAGAAUAUUUUCACAGCUAUGCAAGUCCUCCUAGAUAAAGGCGCCGACGUCGAUGUACCCUUCCGGGAAUCUGUAUUUUCUCGCUCUUCCGAGGAGACCAUAUUCGACGUCGGCUAUUCACUGGGCCAAGAAAAAACGAUUGAAUUGCUCGCAAAAUAUAGCAAAAUGCCGAAAUGCAUACUGAGCGUUCCGGGCCUUUUGGCUUCUUCGGAGCUCGGUCUGGAAGAAUUGGAAACAUAUUUGCGGGUCGCUGCAUUCCCCCGAGGACUUCAACGCUUGCUCAUACAGAGGUCUGCUGUUUUCAGGGCACUUGACAGGCCGCAGACCCUCAUAACUCUGCUUCGGGCUGGCUUUUUGGAUUGUGAUCUAAAUAGCAACAUAAAGCCGGAGCGCGACCACGACGGGCCGCGGGAACUUGAUUUAGAUCCACUAUUUCUCCCUGAGUUCGAUAACCUCAAAUAUCGAGUGCUGAAUCACAUCAACACUUGGAAAUGUUUACCUGAUUUGCACCGAGUUCUGACGCUGUUACUCAAAGACAAAACAGAAGUCUUGGCAAAGUUGUCCAGAGAGUGCUUGGACAUGGAAAAUGGCCUCGAAUAUCUCCUAUUGAAUGGGCUGGACGUUUCAGGAGAGCAGGGUGUAUCACUGCUCGCUAGAGCUGCAAGGUCGAACAAAGUAACAGGAGUGUCACUUCUCUUGAGGCACGGGGCCAACGUCAACGGAACAAUCAGACAAGGGAAAACUUAUUGGCCAUUAUUGUUAUUGGCUUCCGGUGACAAUACACGCGACUAUGCGAAGCACCCAGACUUGUCUCAAGCUUUCGGUUAUUUUAGACCGGCACCCAUCAAUAUGCUGGAGCAUCUCGUGAACUGCGGGGCUGACGUUACUGGAUGUGCAAGAGUGCUGUUUGCGACGUCCACUUUCGAACAACUGGUUUCCUUUCAACCUCCUCAGCUGAAAUGGUGGCUUGAACACGAGGUUAGCCAGACUUUUGAGUCUAUCUACGAUGUUAUUAUAAAGUGGAGUGGACUGCACGACAGCCCAGUAGGUCUAACCCGUCCGUCAUAUUGCAAACAAGUGGUUGAGAUUGUGAGGUAUCUCGAACAGCGGAAUACCCCAAUAUUCACGGGGAAAGCACCUUCGGAUCCUUUUCUGGGUAAGGAAGUGGCUCUUGCUUACUUCAUAUACCUUAAAUGCGACAUCGACUUUCUCUCACGCACAUUCAAGGAAGUCGGGAUAAAUGUUCCUACCGUGAGCUGGGCCUUCGAUGGGUUUCGCGCUAGAUGGGAUCAACGGAGUUGUCAUGAAUACGACAAGUAUCAAUGUUACACGCCACUACAGAUAGCCAUCGUCUCAGGAGACGUCAAGGUGGUUGAGGAGUUGAUACGACUAGGAGCAAACGUGAACGAACGAGGGUGUUUCACAGCUUUGCAAGUAGCUUGUGGCGAUAGAGACUACAUAAAGCCCAGAUUGCGUUACGAGGCUCGCAAUGUGUUCGUAACUUGCCAAUACCUUUUGUCGAAUGGUGCAGAUCCCAACGCGUGCGGCCACUCUGCCUGCGAGACGCCCCUGGAUAUGGCCUUGUCGACUCCAGGAGCAAGUAUCGAACUAAUCGAACUUCUACUGCGUUACGGCGCAAAGGUUGACAAAACGCAACAUAAAAGGUGUCUAUCCCUUGACUAUGCACUGAUGUACACUCAUAUUGAUGACAACAAGCGUUAUGUUGUCCAGAUGCUUCUUCAGCAUGGCGCCAAGAUUGGAUACAAUCAAAGACACUCAACGGAUGACACGUUAUACCUCGCUUGCAAAUUUGGCGACAUUCAAAUAAUCAAGUUGUUCCUUGACCAAAGGAUUAAUGUAAAUCCUGAAAAUCAACAAGACAUUAACACUUAUAAUCGAGAAAAAAGCGACCGCAAUUUCAACUUGCUUCCAUUUCCAGAUGCACCUUUGACGAGGCAUCGAGAGCUAGCUAGGUCGUCACUUGCCGUACUUGCAGGUAAAGGGAAUAUACCUGGUGUUCUUACUUUGCUGAACGCCGGGGCCACGUUAACCGGCCCCGAUAACUCUCUGCUCACCGCCGUAAAUAACGGGAGGCUGGACACAGUUGUUUUACUUAUGGAACAUGAAACGCGCGAGUCGCAUUUCAAAUUUGCAUUACAAGACGCUGGUGAUAAGAAAUACUAUGCAAUCAGCACAGUACUCAGGGAGUACAUGGCUAUGAGAUUCCCACACCUGCUUGCAGCAGAUUAG